AAUUCACGCUCAGUUGUUCAUUAGUGGGUGGGUGCCGCUGCACGCUUGGGCUUUUUCACAUUCUUACGCUCUGUCUAUUCCUCAGAAGAAAGCAGCGCGAGCGGAGCGCCACGCCGAACGCUGCAACGUUCUGAUUUCGAAUUUUUAAAUAUUUUGAAUCGCCCUGCGCCAGGAUAGAUAUGCAGAACGCUUGAAUUUGAAAUAAAAUACCAGAGAAUUUCUCACCGGUUGGAGACAAUUCCGCGUGCAAAAACAGACAUCUGAUUGAGCGCAAGCAAAUGAUUUUGAUUUCAGGAACUGUGAGCGGUAGAUGAAAGCGCCGACGUCGCGGCUGCUCUUUGAUCUGAAAGGAAGGAAGGAAGAAAGAAAGAUUGAUUGAUUUGGUGGGAAACUAAGCAACUUUUUAAUCGCGUCUACACAUAUUCGAACCCUCCUGAUUGAUGGAGAAUCACAGGCCGGGGAUUUUCGGAAUCAAAGCUUUCAAAUUGUGACACUUUGCGCUUUUAUAGCACAUCUGUCAAUCCACGCGGCGCCUUUUUAGUUUACAGUUCUUGCGCGGAACGGACCGGGCCUAUUUGACUUAUUCUUUGAAGUUUGACGCGCGCACGGUUCGAUCAUGGGCUGCACGGUGAGCGCAGAAGACAAGGCGGCCGCCGAGAGAUCAAAGAUGAUCGACAAAAACCUCCGCGAGGAUGGAGAGAAGGCUGCGAGGGAGGUGAAACUGCUCCUGCUCGGUGCAGGUGAAUCAGGGAAGAGCACCAUUGUGAAACAGAUGAAAAUCAUCCAUGAAGAUGGCUACUCAGAAGACGAGUGUAAGCAGUACAGAGCCGUGGUCUACAGCAACACCAUCCAGUCAAUAAUGGCCAUCAUUAAAGCCAUGAGCAACCUCAAGAUCGACUACGGAGACACCGGCCGAGUGGACGAUGCGCGGCAGCUGUUUGCUCUGUCUGCAGCAGCUGAGGAGCAGGGCAUCUUAACUGAUGAUCUGGCCAAUGUGAUCUGCAGACUGUGGGCCGACAGCGGGGUUCAGGGAUGCUUCACCCGAUCCAGAGAAUAUCAGCUCAACGACUCUGCUGCCUAUCAACGACUAAUUCACACACGAGCAGCUGUUGUGUUGCUGAAACUGCUGAAGAUUGGACUCAACUCAAAACUUCACUCUGAUCACUGUACUAACCGCAUGCAUGAAAGCAUGAAGCUGUUCGACUCCAUCUGCAACAACAAGUGGUUCACCGAGACCUCCAUCAUCCUCUUCCUCAACAAGAAGGAUCUGUUUGAGGAGAAGAUCACAAGCAGCCCUCUCACCAUCUGCUUCCCUGAGUACUCAGGAGCCAAUAAAUAUGAUGAGGCUGCCAGUUACAUCCAGACCAAGUUUGAGGACCUCAACAAGAAAAAAGACACAAAGGAAAUUUACACCCACUUUACCUGUGCGACUGACACUAAGAACGUGCAGUUUGUGUUCGACGCCGUCACUGACGUCAUCAUCAAAAACAACCUGAAGGACUGCGGCCUUUUUUAAUGAAGGUGGCCAAGAGAAUGAUGAGGAAGGUGUAAACUGUUUGAUGGAGCUGGUUCUACACGACAUGCUAGACUGCCUUCAACUACCUACAAGAAUCGUAACGUUUUUUUUUUUAUGUGACA